AUGGAUCAGGGGGUGGAUCAGGGCUUCUGGCUCACAGCAGCUUCUUCUCCACCGUCCUUAUCGCUCAGCUUCCAAACUUGAGGCAGAAAGCUGCGUUUAUAAACCAACCUGACGGAUCCUGCGCUCUGCGGCACAACUUCCCCCUCCAGCAGGUCUCCUCUCUGCUCCACGCUCACCGUGUUUGCAGCACCGUAGCUACUUUUUUUUUUGUUAUCCCCGCAACAUUAUCAGCGUGCAACAUCCUGCAUCUGCCAUCGCCCUGGCAACCGGUCCUCCUCUCCAUCAUCCUCCAGCUCCCUCAACACAGCAGCCUGCGAAGAACGACCCGCUUUUUUACGCACCAAGUGGAAACAGACCGUUUUCUUCCACCGAUGGAACUUCAGAUCUGUUUGCUGUUUGGUUUAUUUUGAAAAGGUUCAUGUGUCGGAGAAGUGUUUUCUGUCCGCACCAAAAUGCCUGUGAGACGCGGUCAUGUUGCGCUCCAGAACACCUACUUGGACACAAUCAUCAGGAAGUUCGACGAGCAAAAUCGCAAGUUUCUCAUCGCCAACGCCCAGAUGAAGAACUGCGGCAUCAUUUACUGCAACGAAGGCUUCUGCCAGAUGUUCGGCUUCACCAGAGCGGAGAUCAUGCAGCAGCCCUGCACCUGCCAGUUCCUGGUGGGACCCGGCACCAUGAAAAGCGCCCUCUCCCAGCUGGGUCAGGCUCUGCUGGGCUCCGAGGAGCGCAAGGUGGAGAUCCUCUACUACUCCAAGGAAGGGACCUGCAGACCCUGCCUGGUGGACAUUGUACCAGUAAAAAAUGAGGAAGGCCUCGUCAUCAUGUUCAUCCUCGACUACCAGGAGCUCAUCGAUCCUGCUCUAAAGAAAUCAGGCCUCAGGCAGAGAGUCACCCAAGGAUGGAUUUACUGUCAGAAUCGCAGGCUGAAGAUGAGGCUGCCGGUGCUGCGGUCGAUGCGACGGCCUUCACUCUCCAAAGAUCAGUUUGAGGGCGUUGUAGUGGAUUAUCUUCAGCCAAACAGUGAGGAAGUUCCUCUGAAGGAGUUUCGGAUCCCGUCCAAGGAGAGCUGCAUGCAGUCGGAGACGGAGGCUCUGAUCGAGCAGGACCUGGACCCUCCCUCCCCGGCAGCCCAGUCCACCAAACGGCGCUCCCUGCUGGCCGACCGGCUGGACCCCUCCAUGGCCUUCCCCAGGGGGACGAUACCUCGGAGCUGCUCCAGGGACAGCGUUCGCAGCCUCAGACGAGCCUCGUCGCUGGAUGACAUCGAUGGCAUGAGAGCCGAGUGGAACAGUCGACCUGGAGACCCUCGAACCAACAGCAAUCUGAAGCCCAGCGUUCUGAACUCCACCUCGGACUCAGACCUGAUGAGACACAGAACCAUCGGUCGCAUCCCUCAGGUUACCCUCACGUUCGGCUCAGACCGCAUGAGACCUCCGUCGCCCACCGAGAUUGAAAUCAUCGCUCCCAGCAAGAUUAAGGAUCGAACCCAGAACGUCACAGAGAAGGUCACUCAGGUAACACAGGUGUUGUCCCUCGGUGCCGACGUGCUGCCGGAGUACAAGCUUCAGGCUCCACGCAUCCACAAAUGGACCAUCCUGCACUACAGCCCCUUUAAAGCGGUGUGGGACUGGGUCAUCCUGCUGCUGGUCAUCUACACGGCCAUCUUCACGCCGUACUCGGCCGCCUUCUUGCUCAACGAGGUGGAGGAGGACCGCAGGAGAAGCUGCGGCUACACCUGCAACCCGCUCAACGUGGUGGACCUGGUGGUGGACAUCAUGUUCAUCGUGGACAUCCUCAUCAACUUCAGGACCACCUACGUCAACCACAACGACGAGGUGGUCAGCCACCCGGGACGCAUCGCGCAGCACUACUUCAAGGGCUGGUUCCUCAUCGACAUCGUGGCCGCCAUCCCGUUUGAUCUGCUCAUAUUUCGCUCUGGUUCGGAGGAGCCUCAGACAACUACUCUUAUUGGAUUGCUGAAGACAGCCAGACUGCUGAGGUUGGUGCGAGUUGCCAGAAAGCUGGACCGAUACUCAGAAUACGGAGCAGCCGUCCUCUUCCUCCUCAUGUGCACCUUCGCCCUCAUCGCUCACUGGCUGGCCUGCAUCUGGUACGCCAUCGGCAACGUGGAGCGCACCAGCUCCGCCCGCAUCGGGGGCAUGAAGAUCGGCUGGCUGGACAACCUGGCCGACCAGAUCGGAAAACACUACAACGACAGCGACGCCACCUCAGGACCCUCCAUCAAGGACAAGUACGUCACCGCCCUGUACUUCACCUUCAGCAGCCUGACCAGCGUCGGCUUCGGCAACGUGUCGCCCAACACCAACCCAGAGAAGAUCUUCUCCAUCUGCGUCAUGCUCAUCGGCUCUCUGAUGUACGCCAGCAUCUUUGGGAACGUGUCGGCCAUCAUCCAGAGACUUUACUCCGGCACGGCUCGCUACCACACACAGAUGCUGCGCGUCAAAGAGUUCAUCCGUUUCCACCAGAUCCCUGGAGGCCUGAGACAACGGCUGGAGGAGUAUUUCCAACACGCCUGGUCCUACACCAACGGCAUCGACAUGAACGCUGUUUUAAAGGGUUUCCCUGAGUGUCUGCAGGCCGACAUCUGCCUUCAUUUGAACCGCAGUUUGCUGCAAAACUGCAAAGCGUUUCGAGGUGCCAACAAAGGCUGCCUGCGGGCUCUGGCCAUGCGAUUCAAGACCACCCACGCUCCGCCGGGUGACACUCUAGUCCACAGCGGGGACAUCCUCACUGCCGUCUACUUCAUCUCCAGAGGUUCGAUAGAAAUCCUCAGGGACGAUGUCGUGGUGGCCAUACUGGGAAGGAACGACAUAUUCGGUGAGCCCAUCAGUCUGUACGGGAGGCCGGGGAAGUCCAGCGCCGACGUGAGGGCUUUGACCUACUGCGACCUUCACAAGAUCCUCAGGGACGACCUGCUGGAGGUGCUCGACAUGUAUCCUGACUUCGCCGACAUGUUCUGGAACAAUUUGGAGAUCACCUUCAACCUGAGAGAUGCAGAUAGAGUAAACCAGACAACCCCGGGCAGGGACUCUGAAUGUGGCUACCGUCUGACGAGGCACCGGCGCUCCCUGCGUCGCCGAAAUAGGCCAGACGGGAUGGAUCGUGAAGACUCCUACCCAGAUCAGUCUUGUCCGAUGGCGAACCACCACCGGGGCACCAUGACAGGAUCUCACUGGGAAGACCUCUGCAGCAGCGCUAGUAUCUGCUCGCAGUCCAGUGAUGAGGAAAUGAAGCCUGUAGGACACAGUAAAGGAGAGCCGUACCCACCCGGGGGGGACACCAAAGACUACCCACCAGCUGUAGUCAACCUGCUGCCUCACAGCGGACCCUCUGCUGGGAUGGGACCACCAGUAGACCUUGGGGGUCCUCCAUACUCAGCAGCAGCUCCUAUCAGCAUGUCCGGCCUCUAUGGAUACUGGCCAGACCGCAGAGCCAGUCAGUUCUCAGACGGUCAGAGGCGACCGUCGUCGGUCAGGGCCAGUUUUCACCCUCCACCCUGCGCUGAGGACCGGCCGAGCGAGCUGGAGUCCAGACUGGAGCUGCUGCAGUCCCAGUUAAACCGGCUGGAGACCCGUAUGACUGCAGACAUCAAUGUGAUCCUGCAGCUCCUCCAGAGGCAGAUGGCCCCGGUGCCUCCAGCCUACAGCGCUGUGUCCCCCAGCCCUCACCCGCCUCACCCCACCUCCCUGUACAGCACCGGAGCUCCCACCAUCCACACCGUCCCUCCGAUGCAGCCGGUACAGAUCGACAGCCCUGCCUCACUCAUACAGAGUCCAGACUCUGACUUCAAGCACAAAUCCAAGGACUCCCUGUCCAGCGGCAUCCACCUCACUGUGGCGUCAGACGACACCAUGUCCAUGUCGCCGGAGGCCGACCCUCCUCGCCUGUCCUCCGUGGACCUCACCCCCCCUCAGCAGCCUCCCGGACUGCUGUGCGGCCCCCAGCGCUUCCCCUCCCUCCCCGAGCACCUGGAGACCUCCACAGAGAUGCAGGAGAUCCAGAGGCACGUGUCCGACCCGGUCCUGCCGGGCAGCUAGAACCGCUAACUCCACCCAGCAGCGCCCAGUCUCUGGACGAUUCAGCCAUACGUUCCCCCAGAUCGUCUCGUCUCUCCCCCUGAAACCUCCUCUCCUGUUCAGAUGCUGCUGUGGAGCGUGGGACGCCUGGACUUCCACGCCACAGAGGGUUCAGAGUGCCUCCUGUUUCUUACGCACAGACUCAAAACCCCUCCGCCUCUAUAAUCCCUGUGCAGCGAAGAGAUUACUCCUCCCAGCAGGGCGGAACAAGUGUGAAAACCAAGCAGUCACUGGAUCUGAAAGCUACACAAACUGCAUCCCUGAAGGACAAUUUCACAUUUGAAAAAUGAUCUGCGUUCACUUUGUAUAAGAAUUGCACAUUUAGCAUAGAAAGAAAUGUAUUCAUUUAUCUGGAACGGAGAUUAUUUUCAUUUUAUUAGAGAUGUGUUUAAGGAGCACAGUAAAUGUAACUGUUAGGUUCCGUGUUGUUGUGGUGUAUGUUGAAUAAUAUCAAAAGGCAAAAGGCUGAGAAAGAUGAAGGUUUAAGGAGAAGUUAAGAAAAACAACAUAAUUUUCAUCUCAUCUUCCCUGUCGUGACUUUCUGACAUGAAUCAGUAAUACUUGUUAGGUGUGUCAUGUGAUCAUGAGAAAGUAUUACAAUGUACACAAUCAAACAGUGCUGAAAAACCUCACUUUCUUGUAUAUUUACAUGUAGCUCAAACAGUUUUUGUCUUUCCAGUUUCUGUCUGUUCAUCUGCUGUUCGGCUCAGACUUAUUUUUGGUCUCAUUGGUUUCAUAAUGCACCCGAUGUGUUUUUCUGAAAGUGCCAACGCUGGAGGAUGUUGUUUCGACUCGCAGUGGAUCGACUGUAAAGGGAAAAACUGCAAAAGGUUGUGAGAGAUCAGCUGAGUGACAAGAGAAGUGGAUGGCGGCUGUCGGUCACAUGCAGGCUCAGAGACGAGGCUUGUAAAGAUGAUUUCACAGUUCCAACCACGAGGUGAAUGUAAUGACUUUUGAAGCAUUUAUAAUUCUGUAUAAUGUUUCUUGAAGCACAAAUUCCUGUUAUCUUUUUUUUUUUUUUUUUUUUAGAUUAAAGACACACUGGAGAGUUACUGAAUCCAAAA